AUGUCCCAAAUCGAUCUCUACGUAAUGCAAAGAAGGAAGGCGGACUAUGUUUACGCUGAACCGUGCAAUCAAGAAGCUUGUGACGCAGACACUGGGGACUGUAAGGAGACUUUUCCCGUGAUAAUGCCAGGAGAAAUAUUUGUAUUCGUACAGGCAGAACAAUACUAUUUCAUUGCCAAUAUUCCUCGCUUUCUGAGUUCACUAAGUGAUGACACGGCUCUACACACGGCCGUCUCAUUCGGUCUUGCAGCUUUGGUGCGCAAGUUUCUUCAGUUGUUCGUGACCAUACUUCGACCUGUGGACGCAGUAGAUGACAAAAACAGAACAGGUUUGAUGCUUGUAGCAGUGCACGACAGAGUAGAUGCAAAGGCGGCAGGAAUGCUUAUUGAUGCUGGUGCAAGCGGUAAUUAUAGCGGUGAUAGUAACGUUGUUUCAUGGAAUGAAAGGACGACAUUGCAUUUCGCUGCAAAAUACGAUAACUCCCAAAUUGUUGCCUUCCUUGUGCGGAAAUUGGCGGCCAUUGACUGUCAAGAUUAG